CACCAGACAUGCACCAGUCUGUACUGUACUCCUUUUUAUUUACCCUGCUUAAUUAGCUUCUUCACUUGCACACAAUCAUAAUUAUUGUUAUUAUGAUCACUGGAUCUGCUCCAAUGAACUCAUCAUCAGCUGAUCAUGAAGAUCAACCUCACUCGCAGUCCACAGCUGCUGGCAUGGAUCAUGAAAUCUCGUCAUCACCAUCACAGCAGCAGCAACAGCUCCCCAAAAUUAGCACCACCACGAAGACGAUGGUGAAGAAGAAGAAGCAGCAGCAGCUGACUCUGCUCCCUCUGAUUUUCAUCAUCUACUUCCAAGUCGCUGGCGGGCCAUACGGCGAGGAACCCGCCGUCCAAGCCGCCGGACCUCUCUACGCCAUCCUCGGUUUCCUCAUCUUCCCGUUCGUGUGGAGCGUGCCGGAGGCCCUCAUCACCGCCGAGCUCUCCACUGCUUACCCGGGCAACGGCGGAUUCGUCAUCUGGGCCCACCGCGCUUUCGGGCCCUUCUGCGGCUCCCUGAUGGGCUGCUUGAAGUUCCUGUCCACCGUAAUCAACGUCGCCGCCUUACUCGUCCUCUGCGUCGAUUACCUCAACAAGGUGAUCCCAGCUCUACAAUCAGACUGGCCGCGGACCAUUUCGAUAUGGGGCUUGACCUUGUUCCUCUCAUUCCUCAACUACACCGGAUUGGUCAUAGUAGGUUACCUCUCCGUGCUUCUCGGAAUCUUGUCCUUCUCGCCCUUCAUAAUCAUGUCCAUCCUCGCAAUUCCCAAGAUUCAACCUCGUAGAUGGAUCAGUCUGGGCGACCAAGGAAUGAACAAGGACUGGAAUAUGUUCUUCAACACCCUUUUUUGGAACCUCAGCUACUGGGACAGUGUUAGCACACUAGCCGAGGAAGUGGAGAAGCCAGCAGAAACAUUCCCACUGGCGCUACUAAUCACCGUGAUAGUGACCUGCCUCUCCUAUCUAAUCCCUCUCUUGGCGGUGAUCGGAGCCGUCUCAGUUGAACAAUCCGCCUGGGGAUUCGGGUUCCACGCCACGGCUGCAGAGCUCAUAGGCGGGAAAUGGUUGAAGUACUGCCUCGAGAUCGGCUCCGCGCUGUCCACGGUCGGAAUGUUCGAGGCCCAGCUCAGCAGCUCUGUCUACCAGCUGCUCGGCAUGGCCGAUCUCGGGAUCCUGCCCAAGUUUUUUGCCCUCAGGUCCAACCGGUUCAAUACUCCCUGGGUCGGGAUACUGCUGUCGACAGCGAUCAUCCUGGGUUGCUCCUACAUGGACUUUGCCAAUAUUAUCUCGUCCGCGAACCUCCUCUACACCCUUGGGAUGCUGCUCGAGUUCGCGACGUUCCUCUGGCUCAGGAGGAAGCUCCCCGAGCAGAAGAGGCCCUACAAGGUUCCCAUGCGCCUGCCCGGGCUGAUUGUGAUGUGCUUGAUUCCUUCUGGGUUCUUGGUGAUCAUCUUGGUGGUUGCUACAAAGACUGUUCUUUUGGUGACUGGGCUCAUGACUCUUGGUGCAAUUGGGGGGCACUUUCUGAUGAAGAUUUGUAAGGUGAAGAAGUUGUGCCUAUUCAGCAGCGAGAGUAGUGUUGUUAAUGAAGAUGAAUGAAUGACAGAUAAAACUAGCACCUUUACCAUAUAUAUAUAUUCUGAAUUGGCUGCCUACAAUUUUGUGGUAAUUCCUCUGUAUCGAUGUGUUGUGCAUUAUGAAAAAUUUGACAUUUCAAAUAGAAUUCAAUUUGAGAUUGAACAAAAACAGUUAAAGCCAAUCUGAUCAUAAUAUGAGAUUAUUUGA